AUGUCGUUCGCAGAGAUCGUGGACGUAUACGAUAAAAAAAUAAGGAGAUAAACGAGGAUUGCACGAUAGAGAAGGGAGUUAACUAACGCUGAGUGAGCGGUAUUACGUACUAGUGGGGCAGUGAGGAUGGCUCACGGUGGAAAGAAAAGGAAAGAAUAUGAAAGAAAGAAAAUGUUAAAAGUAGAGGAAGACGGUUAGAAUAAUGGCGGGCACAAAAGUAGUGUUUCGUGACAUUUUUUUCACAAUGGCUUGAAAUUAAAUUACUUGCAAAUUGUGCAAGAAAUCGCAAAGUAUAUUCUUGAGCUUACUUUUUCUCAAUUUCCAAUGACGGCUACCUUUGCGAACUUUACUAUCGUCACUGUGCUCGAUUCUCUUAGGUCGCCAUAUUACUGUGCCGUGCCGUGUAGUAUCGUACUGUGUCGUGGACGUUAUUACUUUCGUACCAAGGCCCUACAAAUAUGUUAAAGUAAUUCGAUAUAUCAUUGCAUUUAACGAGUAUUGAAGAUAAGAUUAGCGGAUAUGGUUUGUACAAAUUUGUUCGAUUAAUUUAUAGCAAAUGAGUGAAUCGAAGCGUCGAUUCGAUUGACAUGAGGUGCAUUUAUGGAAGACGGUCGACUGUUUAUUCCGAAAUAUAAAAUAAGAGAGGAAGAUCGGUAAUUGUUACCCUAAAGUGAUCAUACGGAUACGUGUAUCGCUUAUGUAUAAUUAUGUAUCUGCUGUACGUAUACGUAUAUCGUCUGUUUACGACCAUGUGUCCGUUUGAAAAUACAUUGAUAUAAAAGGUAAUUGUGACAAAACGUUUAUCACAAAGGAGAUUAUGUCUUGGAAAACGAAGAUUGUCUGCCGCCGACACAUCUUUUAUGGCGAGCAUCUUCGUAGAAGCACACUGACCGAAGUCUCUUUUUUCGAUUCGUCCGCGUAUAGUUGGUGUGGAUGGACUUUUUAAAAGAGAAGAAAAAAGUCAAAGGGAUAUCCCUAAUUAAUUUAUCCCUGUAUCAGGGAAAACGAGGGAGUAACGGCAAGGGCGCAGCGAACACUCGAUGCACGACACUUCCUACUUAAGGAAACGGCACAAUGGCUGAGGACCGAAAUAAUUCCCAACGGUUGGUUAGGCAGGCGCACACGAUAGAACACGGUUCGUCACCGCCUCCAGUAUCGACGCUUCCAACAGGAUCAGGUGGUGGUGUCGGAACAAUCGCUAGUGCGAUAACAACAACGGGAGGCGUUCAACGAUACGACUCGCCACCUAGAGGUCCAAGAACGUUAUUGUUGCGCCGCGGAGAAAAUGGUUUUGGCUUUACCCUCCGUCAUUUUAUCGUUUACCCACCGGAGUCCUGUUGCAUGCUACCAGGACACGAACGAACGAGGAUAGACGAGCCGAUGGAUACGAUAUUCGUGAAACAGGUACGCGGGAAUUCGCCAGCAGCCGAAGCAGGAUUACGUACAGGGGACAGGGUCGUUUCUGUCGAUGGAAGACCAACGCGCGGUGAGCAAUACGCGAAAGUAGUUCAACGUAUCCAGCAGGCGGGUCCUUGGCUACGACUUCUCGUGGUCUCCAAAGAGGACGAUAUCUUGCAAAGAUAUUUCGGUGAAACUGCUCACAAUCCUGAAACCAAUCAACGACCGCGUCUUCGUUCUCCGGAGAGAAGCGGACACAGGCAACGCAGAUCAGUCAGUAUGAUUCCCAGCUUGUCGCCAAGAACAAGACAGUCUUGGGUUUGUCCCGCACGAAGCUCAAUGCCGACACCGCUAUGUCAAGAUCAAGAUUCACCUCGACAGCUGAUCGACGACAGUGUAGGAAUCAUCGAUAAACAUCAGCAACAAUUGCAACGAAACAUCGCUAAAUCGAACAUUUUUGUUGGAACUCUGACGAGAAUACAUGAAAAUAUCGCAAGCGCUGGCACUUUACUACCCGGUGAACGGCAAUCGAUAGAUACGAAAAAUGGUACUUCUUCUCUGCCUUCGUCUCCUGGUCCUGAAAAAAAGGUAAAUGAUAAAUUUCCGAUACUACCGCAAGGACUUCAAAUCGUAUCGAAGCGAGCAAAACAGUUCGAGUCAGGGCGAUUAUUAAGCGACGACGAUGAACCGACUGGUGAUCGAAUCAGCCUCUACAAAAGCGAGCUGUCGAGAUUAUCGACCAAGCAUAGCGUGCCGAACGUUGCCGUUAGAAGAAGGGAAUUUGAAUCGAAAGCCGAGGCUCAAGAACCGAGAAGAAUACCACCUGUGCCAACCAGGGAAACCAAAUCCUUGGAUAGUGGUAGCGGAUUAAAAGGCAACAGAAUAAUACCUGUAGGCAGCAAACACAUCCACUGUGAACCGCCGGGCAACUAUAGCACGUUAGAAGUGUCCGUCGCACAGCUUUUAAUGUUGUGCUACUACAUUGCUCUGGCCAAGCACGAGGUUUACUUGUUUCGUAGGCAUACACGUUUUUUGGUUUGUUAUUUUCGCAUGAUUUAUAUAGAGACACCCAAUUCGAGAAUCACAGACGGGGAAACAGUACGGCCGAGGAUUCGUAGCAACAGCGCUGAAUCAUGGGAAUCUACGAGUACAAGCAAUUUGUUAAAUACCGUUAGACUUCACUGGUUUCAACGACAAGACGAUACCGAACGAAAGCGAGAUACGAACGGAAAUGACAAUAGCGUUUACGUCGAUGCAACUAAUAUAUGUGAUGGAAAGGAGAAAAUUGUCGAGAAAGGAUCUAGAAGACAACAACAGGAUGGUUACGCGCAAAUCAUCAAAGCUGAAUCUGGUGUAUUGCCAUCGGAUAAUGAUAUGCACAAUAACGAAGUUGUAUUCAGGCGGCAAAAGAAUACGCAGAUUGACGAAGAUCGUGCCACAAGAAGGGUAUCCUACUUGAAAGCAACGUGGGGCGAACGAAUUCAUGUGGACAGUGAUUUGGAACUAAGUGACUCCGAGCCUAUUACCCAUUCUUCUAGAAGCAUUCAUAAGAGAUGGCGGCUACCGCUACUUCCAAACGAUAUAGCAUCGCUGCGUCGCAUCUUCGAGGAAGUGACUCAAUCGACGAGUUUAAACAAAAAUAUUAAUCGCGGCAAUUCUAUUUGUACUGGCCGAGAAGCAGCGACUGGCAUUAUAAAAGACAUCGGACAAGUGGAACGAGAGGGACCUUUACAUGUCAAAUUUACCGUACUUGAUGGCAAGCGAUCUUCCGAUCGAUCAUGGAAACAGCUAUGGGGUGUUCUUCGCGGACCGAUUCUCUUCUUUUAUAAGGAUCGUCAAAAUCAGAGUCCUUCGUUAUCCUGCGACGGCGAAAAUGUAGCUCAAAGCGUAGAUGUGAGAUGUUCUCUUGUAGAUAUCGCGGAGGAUUAUACGAAACGUAAACACGUAUUACGGUUAGCAAAUCCGAACGCAGAAGUUUUGCUACAGACCGAAGACGCAGCGUCUAUGGCGCUUUGGCUACGAGCUCUACAUGAACAUGCUGCUGCUGAAAAACCGUCCGAAAUUGCUCAUAAUAGUACUUUGAAGCAACAAGCUGUCCCGCAAACUCCAGGUCCCACCAGCAGUUCUUCAACGUGUCAAACAACCACGAAUGCUAGUCCAAUGACAAUGUCGACUGGUAGUGGUAGUGGUGGUCAGCGAUUAAGCCCCCUUCCAGGACAUAAAGGCAUCAAGAAAUUGACUUCGUUUAGGAACAGAUCUCCGACUGGACAAUCACCGAUAAACAAGACUCGAAAACCGAGUCAAACGAUCGAUAGUUUGGUUUCUCCCAAGACCAAGACAUGGAAGGGUAGAGUCGCAAAACAAUUGCGGAGAAUGCAUGGACAAACGGGAUCUCCUUCUUCACCAACAACGCAAUUACCACCAGAGGGUGCUACGUUCAAAGUACCGCUUGAACUUUGUCCACCGUCAUCUUUUUCGGAAUAUGUGCCAUUGAUCGUUGAAAUGUGCACGAGUAUCGUCGAAGCGAGGGGUCUCGAAGUAGUCGGUAUUUAUAGAGUACCCGGUAACACUGCCGCUAUUUCACAUUUAACUGACAGCGUGAACAAAGGAUUCGAAAAUAUCAAUCUCCAGGAUCCUAGAUGGAGCGAUGUAAACGUAAUAUCUUCUCUUUUGAAGUCGUUCUUUCGACAGCUCCCAGAUUCACUACUCACCGCAGAAUUAUACCCUAUGUUUAUCGAUGCCGAUAAAGUUGAGGAUCCUCAAAGAAGAAUGACAACGAUAAGGAAGUUGCUCAGGGAUCUUCCGGAACAUCACUUUGAAACUCUCAAGUAUUUGAUGUUUCAUUUAAAAAGAAUAGUGGAACAUAGCGAGGUUAAUAAGAUGGAGGCAAAGAAUUUGGCCAUUGUGUUUGGUCCUACAUUAGUUAGAGCCAGUGGUUCCAGAGACAAUAUGGUUACUAUGGUUACUGAUAUGUCGCAUCAGUGUCGAAUUGUUGAAAGCUUAUUAAACAACGUCGAUUGGUUCUUUUCGGACGAUGAUUUGGACGAUUUAAGUCGACUGAGCGUGAAUCUCAGUCUUCCAGCUGACACUAGCGAGAUCGAGACUACAACGUCGAGUAAUAAUCAUAAUCUCUUGUUGAACAACAUUCAGAAAGUCGAAGGACGCGAAAUGGCAUCUGCUAAGGACAUUGUAUCAUCUAUUAUAUCCGCUGCUAAUCGAAAAAUACAAAGAAGAAGAAAGUGUCAAGACGAGACGGAUAACGAAACUCACGAAGUCGAUAAGCUGAGGAUGAAACAAGAAGCAGAAAACCUUCAAAAUCGGCGAAGUAUGGCAUUGAACGAGAGGCAAUGUUCGGUCAGUGAGAUCGUUUUAAUGCACGAAAGUCAAAAUCAGUCGAAUCGUUCCAUCGAUCGAUGCGACCGGUCACCGACGCUUGAUCAGACUGCGAUUACUAGCGCAAGUAUCGGUAGUUCCGAUGUCAUAGCUGAUUGCACAAUUAACAACCGUGAUUGCACGUUAAACAGUCACGAUGAUGUUUCUUCGGAGAAAUCGAACAGAUAUUUAAAUCGUAUGGUAGAGUCGGUUCCAUCAAUUCAACCGACUCAUCGCUCGGCCGUCUCGUCGGCUUCAGAGUCUUCCCGACUCUCUAGCGAGACUGGCCUGAGCUGUUUCGAUGCAAGUUCGACGCUUUCCAGCGCUUCGAACGACACCAAACAAAGCAAUGACGAGGUUACGAUAAGAACGUAUGCUGGAUUGAGCGCGUCUACUCAAGAACGUAUACGACGAUUUGAACAGGAAACAAAAGCAAUGUUACAGAGGGAUCGGAAUCGACAAAGACGCGAAGCUGAAAAGAGAGAAGAAGAGAGACGGAGAAUCGAGAUGGAAUGGCAAUUGGCUAAACGUGAAAUGGAAAACGAUGAUCUGCUCGACAGUAUAGUAGACACAACUGUGACAACACCUACUACUUAUCUUUCAUCCACAACAAGACUUUCUAGUUUUAACGACAGGCUUGCCGAUAAAUCUUUCCUCGAUAUCGGUUCCCGAUCGACUGCUCGAAUGCCGUCUUUAUCGAUAGCUGUGCAGCAACAACCCACGCCCGUUAGACGAGUGUCGCAACUCGCAGACGAACCUGCUACGAUUCUGCCCUCGGAGAACGUCUCGAACACUAUUAUAAAGAAAUUGAAAACCGAUUCAGAGCAGUCACUGGAAAAAUCUACAACGCUACCGCCAAUUCGUUAUGGCAGUUUGGAUUCGCUGCACGAAACACACAACAUUUCUCAGUCGUCGCUUUCACCGACCAAUCAACAACGGAAACCUCUUUCCAGUGAUGUCUCGGACGAUGCUGGAUCUUGUUUUCUACAAUGGACUCAGAAGAUUCUGACCAUUAACAAAAAGCUUUCUAGGCAAACGGCAAAUCCCGGUUUCUGGUGGUACAUAUCGUCUCACCUACAUGGUACCGCAAGCCCCUCUGGUUCCGCCACGAAGACACCGGGCCCAUCGUCAAUGCCAAUGUCCAUGCCGAUGUCAAUACCAAUGUCAAUGCCAAUAUCAAUGCCGAUGUCAAUGCCAAUGCCAAUGCCAAUGCCAAUGUCGAUGCCGAUGCCAGGGCGAAUGCGAGUGCCAGGGCCAGUGUCAGUGUCAGACGCAGCCGACAUCGAUGUUGUGCAACGAUCAUCGACACCCAUCGCAUCCUCCUCGGGAGUAUCACCGGCCUCGGAGCCCUCCGAAUUCUCGGAGCCUAUCGAGCCCGUCGAGCAGUCACCACCGCGAGGGGUGUCUUCGGGCUCAGGGGCCGGAUUGUCUUCCAAGACUAUAAACAGGUUCCUUCGAGGUAGCGAUUUGCUGACCAGCUUGACGACCACGUUCGAUCGUAAAUGGAAGUCCCUGGUAAACUCGUCGAAUCAAACAAUUCGUGGAUCCGCUACGGAGAAUCUGUCUCUCAGCGACGAGGACGCUGCGAUAACGCGAGACUCGCAAAACUUGCGAAAUCAACGAGGGGCAGGAGCAGGGUUACGAGAAGAGAAAGAAGAACAGAAAACAGCUUGUCCUCAAUCAUGCUCGAUUGAAACCUAUCGGGAUCCGAGCCUCCAUAAAACAUCUAUCGAAAAGCAUCAAUACGUUCGUCAAAAAAAUGAUGCUCCGGAAAAGGAUACGGAUUCAUCGGUAACAGAGAAUAGCAGCGUCGAUCGACCGGAUAAUACCGAUAUGCCGGAUAACGAUCGAAGCGCUAACGUACGAAAAAGGGUCGAACCGAAACAAGAGCAAUUACGAUCGAGCAAGGAAACAACGACCACGGCGACGGCGACAGUUUACGAAGCAAGUUUAGCUGCUAACGAACCGCAAGAAUGCUGUAGGCACGAGAAGGAAACAUCGGUGUUAGCGCAAAACGGUGGUAAAGAGAUUGACGAUGUGAAAGAAUUUCGACACGAUGUCGAUUCAGCGAAUUAUUCGAACAAGCUCGAAAAAUUUGAAAGUCUGACAAAUUCCGAAGUCAGAUCGCGGCUGAAAAGAUCCGAAUCUUUAAAUAAGAGAUCUGAAAAUACCUCGUCCAAGUUGAAGAGGUCCGAAAGUUUGAACAAACAUUCUGUCGAGAGGCUCUCGUCCCCGACCAACGGCAAGUUGAAACGCUCUGAAAGUUUGAACAAGCAUUCGGAGAGAUCCGAUUCUCCGAACAGUAAAUUAAAACGAUCGGAGUCGCUGACAAAAACUGAAAAAACCGAGUGUAAUAUUAGCAAGAGACGGCAAUCCGUUAGAAAAGAUAGUGCGACGAAAUUAAAACGAAAAAAUGGUAUGCCCGAACGAUCGAUCAAGCGCAGGCACACUGUAGGCGGUACUAAGGAUUUCGACAAAGUACAUUGGUUGGAUAAUAAACUGCAAGUCGAGGCUGAGAGAGUGGUCAGAAACGAAUAUAGACCGAAGAAAAGUCAGUUGAGAACGAGUUCUCCGGAUUUAAGUACCGGUCGUAUCGGUCUUACCGAUACUAGUUUUCUCAUCGAGGUCAGUUUUCGUGGCCCGAGUAACGUCGUUUUUAACGUGACUAACGCUCGUCCGCAGUCUUUACCGGAUACUACUUUGACUUCUAAAGUGUUUAAAGUACCUCUGGAGAGUCACGUGUAACGAACACGACGUACAGCCUGUAAGGUAAGGGGCAACGAAGAAGAAACAGGUGUCAAAGCGUAUGAAGCGAAAAGAAAUUACCGUGAACGUCGAUAUUUCGCUUAUCGCGAGCACCGAAACGCGACGUUUCUUUUUUUACAUCGCAGCGUGUCAAUUAUUUACGUACCGUACUUGUAACCCGAGCGCGAUUGUGUGCAAUUUUUUGUACAUAUAACGUAUAUGUAUAUAGAUUAUAUAGUGUGUAAUUAAAAAUUAUAAUUCUGAAUGUUCUAUAAGUGGUGCGCGUAUGUGGCACCAUUUGGUGCGUAUGUAUAUCGCCCACUCUUAAUAGCGUUACAUAAUAUCGGAACAAGCGUUGUAACCUAUAGAUUUUCUACUUCUUACAAUUAGAGUAACCGAAUACGAUACGAUUAUACACAUCGGCUGUGUGAUGUCGGUCAAUUUCAUCGACAUUUAUCAUCUGUCUAUACUAUUUUAGACGUAUGUAUUUCCAGAAUGGCAACGAUUCGCUAAUAUACGUUGCUCAUCUUCCCAGAACGAGUACUACUCGUUUCAUCGAUUAUAUAACCGUAUACAGACUGGAUUUGUUUGUACGUUUAACACGAACGCGAACGAACGGUGGUAUUUCUUUUAUUUGAUCAAACGUGGUUUUAUUAUUGAACGUAAUCGAUCGAUAAGACCGCGAGAUCAUGUAAGGCAGCUUACGAGCCUGACAAUCUUAGAUUUAUAAGAUUUUCUUAGACUUGUAAAUACUUAUAGACACGAAUGUACGUAACGAAACUGUAGACCGGCGAUAAAGCGAUAUUUAUUUUAAAUCCGUAACAAUCGUGAUACUAUUAUUUAUUGAAUAUGCGAGAUACCUGGAAUUGAAACAAGUAUGUAUUAUCUACGAGUACAUGGUAUCGAAUUUGUAAAUAAAUCUUAUAUAUUGCUAAAUUAAAAACCAAUUCAACUUGUUAA